AUGAAUAAGGUACAAGAGAUCACCUCUCCAAAAUUAUCAUCACAUAAUGAAUCAAUUGUUGCACCAGCUUCACCACCUGAGUUAUCAACGCUACAACAUGCUGAUGACACGGACGAAUCAAUCGAUAGAAUAUCGCAAAGUUGGAGCUCAAAUGUAGGUAGUUGGAUAAUCAAUCAUUAUAAUCCUUCCCCAAUAGUAUGCGAAUGCGGAAUAUGUUGGUUAUGUUUAGAAUCAAGUGGUAGCAGUUUACCUUCCACGACAACCACUGCAAGAACAACUCCAAAAUCUUCAAGAGCAAAUUCAAUUUCUUUAACCCGAAAAUUUUCUUUUUCUUUGAAACCUCAACAAGAAUCUGAUAAAAGACAAGUUCAAUUAGCAAGGAUAAAGAAGCAAUAUCGUAAGAAAUUGGAAGGAAGGUUUGAUUAUAGAAAGAGUUGUGAAGAUUUAGAAAUGGAAUUGCAAAAAUUAAUUACUACGGCCAUUUCAACAGGGGUGGAACAUGGUUUAAUGAAUUCUCCUGUUUAUCAACAAUUCCAAGAUGGUGAAGCCUUUGAAAUUUUUGGUAAACACGAACAAUUUAGGGAAUUGGAGGAAGAUGUUUUAAACAAUGAUAAUGGUAAUGUGGAUCAUGAAAAAAAAUCUUCGAAAUGGAGAAGACAGAAUUCUAACGAAAAUGUGGAGGAGGAUAAUGGUUACAGUUCGUAUAGUUCAUAUAAUUCUUCAUGGAAUCCAUCUUCUCGUGAUUAUCGAGAAAACUCUAACGAGGAGGGAGAAGAAGAUCCAUCAAAUCCAUUUCCAUCAUCUUUUAUUAAUACUUUAAACCUUGGACAAAAUAUUUUUAAUUUUAAUGUAAAUUUAGUUCAUUCAACAACAAAUAAUUAUAACAAGAAAAGGACAAAUAAUUAUUUCAAUGAUAUUGAUAAUAGUAGUCAUACCACUUCCAUAACGAACAAUUACUAUAAUAAUAAUGAUGAUAAAAAUACGAUUAUGACUACUACCACCAAUAAUAAUGAAGAAAAAUCAUCUCAAUUAGGUCUCACUAAAGAAUCUAAAAAGCUUCAAUCGCUAGCCUUAAAGUGCAUGAAUUUUCUGGCAAUGAUGGGAUUUAUGUUCUCAAUGUCACAAGCAAUUGUUUCAAAUUCCCCCGUAGCACCAGCAAUAAUGAACAUUGCGGCUAGAAAUAUUAGAAGUAGAGCAGGGGGAAGGCGAAGUGGGAAUAAUCCGAUUAUGAUGAUUAAAGUUAUUAAAUAUAUGGCCGUUUUAUUUGUCGGAUGGGCUGCUGGCCGUUCCGGAAAAAGACAGAGACAAAAAGAAUCAUGUAAUGAGAAUAAUAGAGUUGCAGAACUCUAG